AUGGAUGACUUUUUCGAGCAGAUAAACCCCAAGGCCAUAACUGCGAGGAUAAAUGUGGAUAUAGCACGUACAGCUCACAGGGAAGCUAUUAACUCGGGUUUGGAAGACGAAGUGUUCAAAGCCGUGACUAACAUGAUCAUUUCACUGAUGGAUCAAACCAUCGUUGCAGCAAAUCAUGUUGAAGAGCGCUUGGAAUUUCUGCGGACUGUAGGUGAUUCGUACCCCAAUUUUUCUCGAGAUCUUGGUGCGACCGACCUGAUGGCUGAUAAUGCAUUGGCGAAUUCAGAACUUGCGAUGGAACAAAUGAAAAAAGCGGUUGCUGAUGCAGAGGAUUGGAAAAGAAGAGCGAGAAAUGUAGCAGGAGGAAACAAUUAA